CCAGGUGGAGCUAAGAUCGAACGCGGAAGUACUGUCAACUGUGUUUGGAUGUGGUAAAAAAACAUCCAACAAAAAUGGCAUCAGAAGUCUCGGCAUAUUCGACCACCAGCUCAAGGUACCAAAGUACAAUAGCAAGUAGUGGCAUCCAAAGAGAGACUUUGGGUGACCGUAUGAGCCAGACCAAGCUAUGGCUUUACAACCCUGAAGAGAACACUGUAAUGGGCAGAACCCCGAGGGACUGGGCAUUGUACCUGUUCUGCAUCUUCAUAUUUCUGUCUUCCUUGAUUGCAAUUUCUGCUGCUUUCUGUGGCAUCUUCUACUGGGUUGUUGAUUGGAAUGCCCCAGAGCUUCAGGGAGCUAGCAGUAUUUUACAGACUCCUGGCAUGUCAUUUAGACCACAGCCUUAUGUCAAAUCAACGUUGGUUCGGUUUCUGAAAGGUGAUGUUACAACAUACUCUCACAUCAUAGAUCACAUAGAAGCAUACGUACAAUAUUAUGAAAAUGCGCUGCAGGUAGGUGACCGGUAUAAAGAUUGCAGCGCAAUACGAACACGUCGUACAGAUGAGCUGGAUAAAGUGUGUGUGUUUGAUGCCAUUGUCUUUGGCGAGCUCUGUGUGAAACAACAGAACUACGGAUAUGAUGAUGGUCAGCCUUGCAUUUUGCUUAAGCUCAACAGGAUAUUUGAUUGGAUACCUGAAGAGUACACACCUGAAACUGUCCCAGACUUGAUUAAAGAUGAUUGGAGUAAAGACGAUCCUUGGUGGAUUCACGUCAGAUGUGAUGGAGAUGAUGAUACAACUAGAGAGAACAUGGGAGAUUUGCUCUACUUCCCUAAAGGUUUCCAUUUCAAGUAUUUUCCAUUCCGCAACCAACAGGGCUACCGGUCACCUCUUCUGUUCUUGCGUAUGGAUAACCCACGACCUGGUGUCCUCCUUAUGAUGACCUGCCGAGCUUUUGCCAAAAAUAUUAUUCAUGAUAGGGUAGAACAGGUUGGGCAAAUACGAUUUGAAGUGCUAGUAGAUUGAGUGUAUAUAUUUUGGGUGCCAUUUGAUAAGCAAUUCUAAAGUCACUUUGAUGUUAUUUCAGACAGCUAGUAUUGUCAAUUUGAAAAAAAAUUUGUUUUAUGGUUUUGAUAAACAAAAUUACAUUAAUGUUCUACAACCUUAAUGUUAGAUAGAAUUCUAUUUUUUGACAUUAACAAAACAGUGUGGUCAAUUAUAAAUUUUAUUAAAUUUAAUAUUUUGAUUCAUAAAAAAAAUACAUUAAUUUUAUUAUUUUGAUUCCUAAAUAUGCAUGCUAGUGCUACUAGCAGCCUAAAAAAAAUUCAGCUUGAUUUUUUUUUCUUCCAAAUCUGCAGGUAACUAAGUUUUGUAAAAAUCUUUUGUUUUAAGGUUGAUUUACAUUUAAUUUAUUAGAACCUAAGUGCAUCCAUGGCCUUGAUGCAUUUUAAAAUAGAUUUUACUUAAUGAUUUAUUUAAAAAAGAAGUAGAAAACAUUCACAUGCUACGUAAUGUGACAGAAUUGCAUAAUAUCUUUAAAAAUGUAAUAACGAAGCACAUUUUCUUCACUCAGCAUUUUUUGUAUAAUUGUCAUUUUUUUAUUCUCAAGUAAAACAAAUUGUAAAAUGCCGUUUUAUUCAAGUUUAAUAGAAGCAAGAAAAACUUAAACCACCAGUAGCCUAAUGUCCUGCGUGAAAGUGUUUUGUUACUCUGUUCAGAUUAAAGUGAUUACUUUUUCAAGAUUAGGAUCAUACUCAUAGUGGCAGCUUAAAAUGGGGUUUGUCUGUUAGUGUAAUUGUUCUCUGCACAUAUGCAGAAUGCUGGUAUAUGUUUGUGUAUAUUUUUGAAUCUCAAGUGGGCUUAAAGUUUUGAGUUGAGUUUGAGUUGAUAAAUAUUAACAGUGGCCUGCUAGUGUUCCCUUCAAGUAUUUUAAAAUUUAGCUUUUAAAUUUGAAUUAUAUUUUUAAAAAUAAAUCUCUCCAUGAAAUGUACAGUUUAUUUAAACUCUUAUUCCAUGUUUUACAAAUGUUACCUAUUUGCUAACAUUAGAAAUUCACUGUUGCAAUUCAUCUCACAGUAAUAUCUGGGGUGUUAAUUAUUAAUCUGAUGAACAAAACAAAUUAUCAAGUUUGGUUAAAUAUGUUUUUUGAAUGAAACAUUCUUGUAUAUAAAGUGUUUAAUCUCUGGUGUUAACUUGUAUAAUCUCAUGACUGAAACAGAUUAUUUAAAUAUAUAGUUUGACCAGUGUAAAAAAUCUGGCAAAUUGAUAGAUCUGACACAUUCCAUUAUACACACCUGUAAAUAGAUUUAUUGUGCUAGCCUUUUCAAUAGCACUUUUUUAUCCUUCCUUGCUUAUAAAUCUACCAAAUGCAACAUAUCAGUUGUUUCUAUACAAAGUUGUAUUUUUUUUUUUUAAAUGUUACUUCUGUGAAAAUAUAUUUUAUAAUCAUGAGAGACUGAACACAUAUUGUCCAUAAAGUUUACCAAUAAACUUUGAACAGAUAUUUUUGUAAAUAUUUUUUUUUCUUAAAAGUUUACUGGUUUUGUACUCAUGUUAUAAAAUACAAUAAAUCAAUCGAAACGGU